ACGCAUACUCAUUUUCAGCUGCAGCUGAGAUUGAUGUUUACAUCCCCACAAAGAAGAAAAACUGUUUAUCAUUCAGUCACAUCUUCCCCUUCUCCUUGGUCAAGGAGUCAUAAAAAAAAUUUCAGUGUCAUUAAUCGUUCUUCAACACGCAUUCUACCUCAAGAACAACGAAGUUACAAUAAAAUAAUUACCGAAAACAUUGAAUAUAAUAGUGUUGUUGCCAAGAUAUUGAAAAUAUUGCAGUUCGAACUCGGUAGUUAGAGCAAACUCGUGCUUUUCCUUUUACAAUUUUUUUUUUUCGAUUUUGGGGAAGCAUCAUUAGUUAUGAAGGUGACUGUGACGACUCUGGGGGAUGAUAUAUUCGUCCUGGACGUUAGUGAGGAUUUGGAGUUGGAAAAUUUCAAGGCAUUUUGUGAAAUUGAGUGUGGAGUACCAGCGCCUGAAAUUGUUAUUGCUUUUAAUGGUAGGCCACUGAUGGAUGAUAAAAAAUCGUUGAAGGAUCAUGGUAUCAAGGACGGCGAUGCUGUCAUUCUACAGCACAUGCAUCAAAGUGGCGUUGACCUCAAUCCACAGCCCGUAAAUGGAGCUGUUCCUCUACUUGACUUCAGCUCCAUCAGAAUUCCUCGGGCGGCAUCGAGCAGUGCAUCACCUGCGUCAGUGCAAAGGGCACAGAAUCCACGGAGUGAGGAUGAUCCUGCAAUGAUUCGUGAUAUGUUUUUAGCUAAUCCUGAUCAGUUGGCGUUGCUGAAACAAAACAAUCCUAGACUGGCUGAUGCUCUCUUGUCUGGGAACCUCGAAAGAUUCUCAGCGGUUCUCAAGGAACAGAUAAAAAUUCGUGAAGAGCGUCAGGCACAACGAUUGAGGAUGAUGAAUGCAGACCCGUUUGAUACAGAGUCACAAAGACUUAUUGCAGAAGAAAUUCGACAAAAAAAUAUUGAAGCCAAUAUGGAGGCAGCAAUGGAGUAUAAUCCAGAGACAUUUGGCACUGUGGUGAUGCUAUACAUUAACUGCAAAGUCAAUGGAUUUCCCGUCAAAGCUUUUAUCGAUUCAGGGGCACAAACGACUAUAAUGUCAGCAGCAUGUGCAGAAAGAUGUCACAUUAUGCGUCUUGUUGAUUCACGAUGGGCUGGUGUUGCCAAAGGCGUAGGCGUACAAAGAAUCAUUGGACGUAUUCACAUGGUCCAAAUACAGAUUGGAAAUGAUCACUUAACAACAUCCUUUAGUGUCCUCGAGGAACAACCGAUGGAUAUGUUACUUGGUUUAGAUAUGUUGAAACGUCAUCAGUGUUGUAUUGACUUGAAGAAAAAUAUCCUGAAGAUUGGAACAACAGGAACAGAAACAUCUUUCUUGACUGAAGGGGAAUUACCAGAAUGUGCCAGACUGAGUGGGAAUAAUGAUGCGGGUAUGGAUGAACGCGAUUACCAAAAAGUUCUGGAGGACAGUGUCAGAGAGGCAAAGAAAUUGAGACAAGGACACGACGGCCAAGACACGAAUAAUUCAACUGCAUCAGUAUCCAAUUCAUCAACGAAUCCAGAGACUACCGUAUCAACAAAUGAUCCAUUUACCGAGGCUAGUGUCAAAGCUAUAGAGACUCUUGGCUUUUCCAGAGCCGAAGUUAUCGCUGAAUUACGUAGAUUUAACGGCGACGGAAUGCAGGCGACAGCUGCACUAUAUGCCAAAUCGUUAAAGUUCUGAAUGCAGUUUAUCAACGGCUGAUACAGUUAAUAAUUAACUGAGUUUGUGGGUGAAAAUAAUGAGCGACGAUUGACUAUGGGUUUUGGGCAAUUUUGAAGUAAUAACUUGUCUACAAAAUUAAAAUGAGCUGAUACUUAGAUCCUCCAUAAAUGUGAACGCAGUAAUAAUUGUGUUCUCUAAUUGGAAAAUUUAAGAUUGACAUAAAAACAUCGUAAAUUUUUUAUUUUUUAGUAUGAAAAUGAAUAAUUCAAAACUCAUUGUUGUAUUUACCAAGUGAGCAUUUUGCCUAAGAGUUUCACAGGACAAAGAUAAUACAAAAGUGAAGAAUAUAAAGAGAGUAAGGGAGAUAUAGAUAAAUGUUUGUACCGAGUGUGAGUGAGAGCGAUGGUACUGCUUUAUACAUAAUGUCUUUCCUUUAUCAAUCAUCGCAGACAAAAUUACAUUAAAAAAGAUGAAAAUUA